UAUGUACUAAGUACUCGCUCACUAUCUCGAUCAUAUUCCGGACCCUUUACCAGAUAAACCCUACGCUCGGAUCAAUCUAGUCCUCACUCUCAACAUGGUGACGGUAGAAGACAGAGCGCAGAUACCGCCUGGUCUUCCCAGAGCCAACCCUACACACUCAUACUGGCAGGACCCUCCAGACGAGAUAGCAGAUUCCCGAACUACUCCCGACCUCCCUCAUGAAGCCGACAUCGUUAUCAUCGGGUCAGGCGUGUCCGGCGCAAGUAUAGCAUACAAUCUACUAUGUUCAAAUCCAAGCCUGAAAGUCGUCCUCAUCGAGGCCCGGCAAGCCGCGAGUGGCGCCUCAGGCCGUAACGGCGGCCACACCAAGACCGCCACAUACCGCUCCUUCAGCGAGAAUGUCAAGUCAGUCGGCGCCUCAGACGCCAUGAAAAUUACCCGGCUAGAAUACGACACCAUGGUCGGCGUGCACGAAUUCGCCCAGCAGCACAAUCUCAAGUGCGACAAUCUCCGAUGCCAGACCAUCGACGUGUUCUACGACUCAGACCAGUUCAAGAAGGCCCAUGCAUCCGUUGCUCAAAUGGAGGAGCUGAUGGGGCCCAAAGCCCCAAAACACACAUUCCACGAUGCUGAGGAUACAGCCAAAACAUACUUCUCGCACAAUAGCGUCGGAAGUCUCGAAUAUGAAUCCGGCAGUCUAAGCGCCUAUAAAUUCACAAUCGGUGUCCUCAAACUCGCUCUCAAGAAGGGCCUAAAUCUUCAGUGCAACACCCCAGCAACAUCCAUAUCCAAAACCCCAGACGGAUCAUGGACGACCACAACCGACCGUGGGAGCAUUACUUCUCGCAAACUCAUCCUAGCAACAAAUGGGUACACCGCACAUUUAUAUCCUGCCCUGCAAGGCGUCAUAGUCCCCUUAAGAGGUGUCAUCACAGCACAGCGCCCAGGCCACACUCUGCCACAAACCGGCCUAGACACGACAUACUCCUUCGUCCACGCCAGCUCGUUCGAGUAUAUGAUCAGCAGACCCAAUGGCACAAAAUUCGAAGGCGACAUCGUUAUAGGCGGCGGCCACCAAGUCGCCAAAGACAACGGUCUCAACGAGUACGGCAACACAGACGACACGGCCUACGACGAGGCCAGCGCCGCGUACCUUCUCGACAUUACGAAGAAGGUUUUCGACAAGGGCUGGGGUACAGACCACCCCGAAGGUCAAUGUCGCAAGACCUGGAGUGGCGUCAUGGGCUUUUCGAGCGACGGGUAUCCCUUCGUUGGUCCUGUGCCUGGUGAAGACGGGUUAUAUCUGGAUGUCUCGUUCCAGGGGCACGGGAUGGUAUUGUGCUUUUUGUGUGCGAAGGCUGUGGUCCGGAUGAUUACAGGAAAUGACGCUGAGCUGGACAACUGGUUUCCCCAGUGCUAUCGUGUCACGGAGGAGAGGAUGCAGAAACAGUUCAGGGGAAAGUCGCUAUCGGGCGCACCAGAGCCGCCUAUACAGAACGGACAUUAAUAGUCGUUGAUCAU